AUGAGACUUUUUACCGUCUCCUUGCGGGCUAAUGCCUCUCCCUCUUCCCUCCCCCUCUCUCUGUCUCUCUCUCUCUCUCUCUCUCUGUCUCUGUCUCUCUCUCUCUGUAUCUCUCUCUCUCUCUCUCUCUUUUGGGAAAAAUUUUUCUCUUUUUCUUUCUCUUUCUCUCUCUCUCUCUCUCUCUCUCUCUCUCUCUCUUUCAUCUCAGAUGAGUUCGGAGUUCGGAGAUCAGAACGCGGAAGAGGCGGCUUGUUGGAAUUUGCUGGUCUGGUCUGUUGGUUGCCCUGUGACAAGAAGACCGAUCCGAACCAAGAGAUCGAAAUAGAACCCGUACGAAUCCAGAUAACUUCGUCAACAAGGCUGCGAGAAAGCAGACUGCUAUAUCGUAGGGUGCAGACGAAGAUCCACGAAUUACUUCCCUUAGAUCAGCCGAAAUUGUUUAGGCAGAAAUUUUCCUACUCUCUCUCUCUCUCUCUCUCUCUCUCUCUCUUUCCGACCCAAACGAGUGAAUCUCGUUACGACAUUUUGUACUCGUGCAAAUUCUUCGGUGGAGACAUAAAAAACAGUAGCCUAAAUAGGGCUCUUUGCACAGGAACAGGAGUUGCUUUUUUUUCUUUUUCAUGUGUUUGCGGCUACGACAAGAAACUUUUGCUGCAUGAAUAG